CACGUCUAUAGCCUGGGGAUAUACAGUAGGUGGGUUUUAUCAUAUCCAGUACAUAAUUAUAAUUAUAUGUUCGUCGCUUCAUUCUUCAGAUACAGUUUACCAGGUAGUCCCUUUGACCUACAAGGCAGGAUUCGCACGUUGAGAGUAUCGAUUUUUAAUCGAUUACCCACUUUUUUUUUUUUUUUUUGCUUUGUCUUUGUGACGGUAACGGUUGAGCGGUCAAGUCAUUCCUUUUUUCUGCGAGGCAGCGAACGCACGUAAUUUUGAUACAAGUUCAAAAUUAUUUCUAUUUUUCCUUUCGUGUAGUAAUAUAACGCCAAUAUGCCUAAAAGGAAACGUGAGGCGAAGAUUGAGCAUUAUCAACGCAAAAUCAGGAAACUCCAAGCAAAAGAAGAUAAACGUAGACGAAUUAUUUAUACUUCGUCAGACGAAUCGGAUAAAUCAGAUAACGAAAAUAUGCUCGAAACUGUAGUGGACCCGCAAGUAACGUCUGAUGUAACAAUAUCUAACCUGGAAGAGAGCAAUCAAGGUGAGGGUAGCGAAGAGCAGGCACCUGAGCUGGACCCAGAUACUCUAACCGCUCUAGGCGAAACAACCGAAGAGACACCGACGUUAGGUCCAAAAAUCCACGAUAAACUGUCAAGCCUCUGGUUGCCUAUCCUUAGGAAAGGCAUAAAUAAGGAGACAAAGGAAAAGCUCCUUAAAGAGUACCCAAUUCCAGAAAACUGUACCUUACUACAGGCACCGAAACUAAACCCAGAAAUAUCGGCCGCAGUAACUGAAGCCGCACGAUCUCGGGAUAAAAGGGUAGAAGCGGUGCAACAGCAACUAGGACGGGGUAUAGUUGCUCUUAAUAAAGGCUUGGAACUCCUCUUAGACGAUGGCAAUGAUCGGCUACAAGCUGUAAAAUUCCUAAGUAACAGCUGCCGUUUACUCUGCGAUCUACAUCACCAAGAAACCGAAGCAAGAAAACGGUUUAUUACACCCAGUCUUGACAAAUCUUUUCUAAAUAUUAUGCAAGACGUAGACCGCGAUGAACUGCUAUACGGCAAUAAGCUUUCGGACAAAAUAAAAGCUACCAAAGUUAUUGAGAAGCACGGUUUGCAAAUAAAAAAGCCUACUCCUCAACCUAAGACACCGUCAACAUUGCCAUUCACAAAUUUGCCACAUUCAUACCAAUCUUCACGCCCACGCCAUCAGGGAAACUGGACGGGCCCUCCUCGUUUCCCUCCAAACAGGGGGGGAGGGGAGGGCAAAGGAAGCUGACUGCACCCACAAACCGGAGAACUCAACUAAGCAGCUCCUCACACCAGAAACCACCGGCGCAGCCCAAGAAGCCACGUGCAGUGGAUCAGCAAUAGAGGUACAUGCCGGUAGAAUUCAGUAUUUUUAUAACUGUUGGUUAAAAAUUACCAAAAAUCCUGAAAUACUUAAGUGGGUAUCAGAAGGUUAUUCCAUACCUUUCUGCAACACAGUGACACAAGUGUCUACCCCUCGUAACUUCAUUACAAAUAAUGAGAAAGUAGAAAUGUCACGUUCUAUAAGCGAUCUGUUAAGACUUGGUGCUAUAUCACCAUGCUCGAGAUCUAAAAACGAUUUCAUAUCUGGUAUUUUCUUAGCUCCUAAACCUAAUGGAACAAAACGAUUCAUACUUAACCUCAAAAAGUUAAACUUUUUCAUUUCUUCUCCUCAUUUUAAAAUGGAAGAUCAUAGAACAGCGGCUAGAUUGGUGCCAAAAGGUGGCUUUAUGGCAAAUAUUGAUUUAAAAGAAGCCUAUUUUUUAUUGUCAAUAUCAAUAAAACAUCGCAAAUAUUUACGCUUUAUAUUUGAAGGGCAUUGUUUUGAGUUUAACGCUAUGCCUUACGGUUUAUCUGCAGCCCCUAGAGUCUUCACUAAAUUAAUGAAAGAAGUAGUAAACUAUUUACGAAGUAAAGGACACAGAUCUGUAAUAUAUUUAGAUGACAUAUUAUGUAUAGGAGAUACCUACUCAGAGUGUAAAAAUAAUGUUACGAAAACUAUCGAAUUAUUGAAUUGCCUAGGGUUUGUCAUAAAUUAUGAAAAAAUAAUAAAUGAGAAUGCUACCGGCAUUCUAGUUUUUCCCUAUUGGCUCGGUCAGACAUGGUUUCCAUUGCUUAGACGUAUGGUCAUCUCAGAUAUUAUUGUUUUUGAACCUGAAAAAGAUAUUUUACGUUCAAAUUUCAGAUCCCAUCACCGACUUCAUCGCAGCCUUUCCCUGGGGGCCGCGGUGCUCUCAGGGAAGCAUUUAGAAGAUUAAAUACACCCGAAGUAGCUCUGGAUCUGAUGUUAGCAUCUAUUUCCCACAAUACCAUGAAACAAUAUUCAUCGACGUACAAAUUAUGGUGGUCUUUCUGUGAGAAAUCUUUAAUUGAUAGUUUCGAAGCCCCAAUAUCAUCAGUAAUAGUUUUUUUAGUUAAAUUAUUUAAUGAAGGUGCAUCCUAUGGAAGUCUUAAUAGUCAUCGAUCAGCCCUAUCAUUACUCCUCGGGAAUAACAUAGGUUCUGACGAGCGUAUCAAACGCCUUUUAAAAGGCAUGUAUAAACAAAAGCCAUCCCGACCUAAGUAUGCCACUACUUGGGACCCCAAAACGGUAUUAGACUAUAUCUCCAAUUGGUAUCCGAAUAAUGAAAUUAAUUUAAUCCAGCUAACAAAAAAACUAUCAAUAUUAUUGGCCUUAUGCACUUCGCAAAGAGUACAAACAUUAUCUCUUAUUAAAAUCUCUAACAUUAGUAAGACUCCUACAGGUAUAAAAAUCCUAAUAUCAGACAUUAUAAAAACCUCCGCAGCCAAUCGAGAACAACCGGUACUCUGGCUACCUUACUUUUUAGACAAUCCAUGCAUAUGCCCAGCAAAAACCCUAGAAGAUUAUCUUUCAGUUACAGCCGGGUUGCGAACUGACGAUAGCGAUAACUUAUUUCUAAGCCACAAAAAACCUUUCAAAACAGUUUCUUCCCAAACCAUAAGUAGGUGGAUAAAGCAGGUUCUUGCAGAGAGCGGCAUUGACGUUACCAUAUUUAGUGCUCAUAGCACACGUCACGCCUCCACCUCAGCAGCGUCCUCUGCAGGAGUCUGCAUUGACACCAUAAGGAGGACAGCUGGCUGGUCUACCUCGUCUUCGACAUUCGCUAGAUUUUAUAACCGUCCAGUGAUCGACUUAGGGACGUACGCAAGAUCGGUCUUUGCUAUUGAUUAAAAAAUAAUAUAUUAAUUCACGCUAAUUAUUAAUUACUGAUGAAAACGUUGCAUUUUGAUUAUUCAUAAGAUAUAAAAGUUUUUGUUUACAAAUAAAAGUUUUUUAUAUUUAUGUUUUUUAUGUUUUACUAACAUAUCUCUAAACAUCUACCUGGUAAACUGUAUCUGAAGAAUGAAGCGACGAACAUAUAAUAUAAGAUCAAACGAACUUCUGGAAGUGAAGUUCGAUCAUUAUUAUAUGAGUCGCUUCAUUCGAAGAUACAAAGUUCCCCCCCACCCAAA